AUGCCAGCACUCAGAUUUCUGGCCCUGCUGGCCGGCCUGCUGGCGACUGCCGGCGUGGACUGGAGGGAGCUGCGCCUGCCUCCCCCAGGCUCGGCGGCCCGCGCGGACAUCGUGGGCGGCAGGAAGGCCCGGCGCGGGCAGCUCCCGUUCCUGGCCUCCGUGCAGGACCAGGGGCGCCACGUCUGCGGGGGCGCCCUCAUCCACGCCCGCUUCGUGCUCACGGCCGCCAGCUGCUUCCGAAACCGGAACCCCGGGAUCAGCGCCGUGGUGCUGGGGGCCUACGACCUGCGGCGGCCGGAGAGCACCAGGCAGACCUUCUCGGUGCGGAGCAUCAGCGAGAACGGCUACGACCCCCAGCAGAACCUCAAUGACCUGCUGCUGCUGGAGCUGGACCGGGAGGCGAACCUCACCAGCGGCCUGGCGCUGGUCCCGCUGCCCGCACAGAAUGCCACGGUGGAGGCCAGCACGCGCUGCCAGGUGGCAGGCUGGGGGGCCACACGGAACGGGGGGCGUCUCUCCCGCUUCCCAAGGGUCCUCAAUGUCACUGUGAUGCCCCCGGACCAAUGUCGCCCCAACAGUGUGUGCACCGGCGUCCUCACCCGCCGGGGCGGCAUCUGCCAGGGUGAUGGGGGCGGCCCCCUCGUCUGUGAUGGUGUGGCGCACGGCGUGGCCUCCUUCUCCCUGGGGCGCUGUGGCAGGGGCCCCGACUUCUUCACCCGCGUGGCGCUCUUCCGGGACUGGAUCGACUCUGUUCUGAACUCCACGGUGGCCGAGUGCUGGCCCGAGGGGCCCCCCGCCGAGCCCGUGGGCGGCCUGUGACCUCCCAGGCCCGUGCCCGUGGCCUGUGGCCCUUGUGCACCCCCGA